ACAAAAGAACAUGUCACGGGGUGACCGUGGGUGCUUUCAAAACCGCUUGCAGCUGGUGUGUAAGGAGGCUUUCUUUCACUGUUUCUCGUCGCAGUGGGUUUUGGAGAGGAGGAGAAGAAAGGAAGAAGAAGAGUAAGAUGGGGACGGUAAUAAAAGAGAGAGGGAGCUCUUCUUUAUGGACAAUCUUUGUGCAUGCAGACCGCGUAGAUAUUUUGCUGAUGACUCUUGGCUUUUUGGGUGCUGUUGGUGACGGUUUCUCCACGCCGCUCAUGCUCUUCAUUACUAGUCAGAUUAUGAACAAUCUGGGUGGUGCCUCUCACUCCAGUCCUGACUUCACUCAAAAAACCAACAAGAAUGCUGUGAGUCUAUUGUACCUGGCGUGUGGAUUAUUGGUGGCUUGCUUCUUAGAGGGGUAUUGCUGGUCGAGAACGGGAGAGCGACAGGCAUCGAGAAUGAGGGCCAGAUAUCUAAAAGCAGUGCUAAGACAAGACGUGGGAUACUUCGAUCUCCAGGUGGCAAGCACUACAGAGGUCGUCAUAGGCGUCUCUAAUGACUCAAAUGUCAUCCAAGAUGUUCUCAGCGAAAAGGUACCCAAUUUCGUGAUGAACGUCGCAACAUUCAUAGGGAGCUAUGUAGUGGCAUUCCUCAUGCUGUGGAGGAUGGCGUUGGUAGCAUUCCCGUUCGUGCUGCUUCUUAUCAUACCGGGGCUGAUGUACGGUCGGAUGCUGAUGAGCCUGGCUAGGAAGAUACGGAAUGAGUACAACAAGGCAGGGAGCAUCGCGGAGCAGUCUAUCUCGUCAGUUCGAACCGUUUACUCCUUUGUGGGGGAGAGGAAGACCUUGGCCGAGUUCUCCGCGGCCUUACAAGGGUCGGUGAAGCUGGGUCUCAGGCAAGGCCUGGCCAAGGGUUUAGCUAUUGGAAGCAACGGCAUCACGUUCGCCAUCUGGUCUUUCAUGGCUUGGUACGGCAGCAGGUUGGUUAUGUACCAUGGCGGGAAAGGAGGGAGCGUCUUUGCUGUUGGUGCUGCUAUUGCUGUUGGAGGCCUAGCACUGGGUUCGGGACUUUCCAACGUCAAGUACCUCUCUGAAGCUUCAACGGCCAGCGAGCGGACAAUGCACGUAAUGAAUAGAGUUCCCAAGAUCGAUCCUGAAAACAUGGAAGGAGAGAUUCUCGAGUCGAUAUCAGGAGAGGUGGAAUUCAAGAACGUGGAGUUCGCCUACCCAUCCCGUCCCGAUACGAUCAUCUUCCAUAGCUUUUGCCUGACGGUCCCUGCUGGAAAGGCAGUGGCGCUGGUGGGUGGAAGCGGUUCAGGGAAAUCGACGGUGAUAGCUUUGCUGCAGAGGUUUUACGAUCCUCUGGGAGGAGAAAUACUGGUGGAUGGGAUCAAUAUCCAGAGGAUACAGCUGAAAUGGCUACGAUCUCAAAUGGGGUUGGUAAGCCAGGAGCCAGCCCUGUUCGCGACGUCCAUAAAAGAAAACAUCCUCUUCGGGAAGGAAGAGGCAACCAUGGAAGAGGUCAUAGCUGCUGCUAAGGCAGCUAAUGCUCAUGACUUCAUCUCCCAGUUGCCACUCGGAUACGAUACUCAGGUGGGCGAAAGAGGGAUUCAGAUGUCUGGAGGCCAGAAACAAAGAAUAGCGAUUGCAAGGGCAGUACUGAAGGCACCACGAAUCCUUCUCCUAGACGAGGCCACCAGCGCACUAGACUCUGAGUCGGAGAGGAUCGUUCAAGAAGCGCUGGACAUGGCCGCAGUUGGUCGGACCACCAUCAUGAUUGCACAUCGCCUUUCCAGCAUCCGUAAUGCCGACCUGAUCGCAGUCGUCCAAGGUGGUGAGGUCAUGGAAACCGGCUCCCAUGAUGCCUUGAUUCAGAACGAAGACGGGCUAUACACUUCACUCAUCCUACUCCAGCAAACAGCAACAGCAACCCAACAACAAGAAGGUGAAGAAACCUCAAUAGGCCGCACUUUCAGCAGCCGAAGGCUAUCAGCUGCAAGCAGAUCCAGCUCGGCCAACUCAUUUUCAGCAGCGGGAAAUCAGCAUCGAACAUUUGGAGAAGAAGAAGAAGAAGAAGAAGACAAUGUAGACAAAAAGCAAGCAUCUGCAGUGCCGAGUUUCAGGAGAUUACUGCUGCUGAAUCUGCCUGAAUGGAAACAGGCAAGUUUGGGAUGCAUGGGUGCGGUGGCUUUCGGUGCAGUGCAACCAAUGUAUGCAUAUGCAAUGGGCAGCAUGAUAUCUACCUAUUUCUUGAAGGAUGAUGGGGAGAUCAAAUCCAAGACGAGGAAUUAUAGUCUUUUCUUUAUGUCCUUGGCCUUCUUUUCCUUCUUCGUCAAUAUCAUACAGCACUACAACUUUGCAGCAAUGGGUGAAUAUCUUACAAUGAGGAUAAGGGAGAGAAUGCUGUCCAAGAUCCUCACCUUCGAAGUGGGUUGGUUCGAUCAGGAUGAGAAUUCUACAGGAGCCGUAUGCUCUAGGCUGGCCAAGGAUGCCAAUGUGGUAAGAUCAUUGGUUGGAGAUCGGAUGGCUCUUGUCGUGCAGACCUUCUCUGCAGUCAUCAUUGCUUGGACAAUGGGUCUGAUCAUCGCUUGGAGGCUGGCCCUUGUAAUUAUUGCUGUCCAACCGAUCAUCAUCGUCUGCUUCUAUGCCAGGAAGGUCCUCCUCAAGAGCAUGUCCAAUAAGGCGAUCAAGGCCCAAGACGAAAGCAGCAAGCUCGCUGCGGAGGCUGUUGCCAAUCUCCGAAUUGUCGCUGCCUUCUCUUCCCAGGGAAGGAUACUCCGCAUGUUCGACAUGGCCCAGGACGGGCCGCGUAGGGAGAGCAUCAAGCAGUCAUUGUUCGCCGGGCUCGGCUUAGGUACCGCUCAGAGCCUUAUGAUAUGCACAUGGGCGCUCGAUUUCUGGUACGGAGGAAAGCUCAUUGCUGAUGGCUACAUCUCAGCAAAGGCAUUGUUCCAGACAUUCAUGAUCUUGGUGAGCACUGGCCGAGUCAUUGCUGAAGCAGGCAGCAUGACCACUGACCUGGCCAAGGGGUCUGAUGCAGUGAGGUCCGUCUUUGCAGUGCUCGAUCGCUACACCCAUAUUGAGCCGGAGGAUCCAGAUGGUCGCCGCCCCAAUAAACUGACCGGCAAUGUGGAGCUUAGGGAUGUCGACUUCGCCUAUCCUGCAAGGCCCGAUGUGACUAUCUUCAAGGGCUUUUCCCUCAACAUCGAGGCUGGCAGAUCGACGGCGCUUGUGGGUCAGAGUGGGUCAGGCAAGUCAACCAUAAUUGGGCUGAUUGAGCGGUUCUACGACCCCACGAGAGGGACAGUGAGGAUCGACGGAAAGGACAUAAGAUCGUUCAAUCUAAGAUCGAUGCGGAAGCACAUUGCGUUGGUGAGCCAGGAGCCGACGCUGUUCUCAGGGAGCAUCCGGGAGAACAUAGCUUAUGGGAUGGAUAUGGUCGGUGAGAUGGAGAUCAUGAACGCAGCCCGGGCUGCCAAUGCUCACGAAUUCAUCAGUUGCCUCAAGGAUGGCUACGAUACAUGGUGUGGAGAUAGAGGAGUACAGCUCUCAGGCGGGCAGAAGCAGCGGAUUGCCAUUGCUCGAGCACUCCUGAAGAACCCAGCCAUACUUCUGUUGGACGAGGCGACGAGCGCACUGGACAGCCAGUCAGAGAAAGUGGUGCAGGAGGCACUCGACAUGGUGAUGGUGGGACGGACGAGCGUGGUGGUGGCCCACCGCCUCAGCACCAUCCAAAACUGCGAUGUGAUUGCUGUGCUUGAACACGGAGCGGUGGUGGAGAAAGGGACCCACGCAUCCUUGCUGGCCAUGGGUCCAAAGGGUUCCUACUUUUCCUUAGUCAACCUUCAACGCCCUACCACACACAAUUCGUGAAUCUACACUUGCUCACCCUUUUUCAUGCUUGGUUUUGAACUGAGAAAACAGAGCAGUGGAGGGAAAAUUGGAGUUGAGAAUAACGCUCCGAAGCUUUGUUUUCUUGACCAGAAAUAAACCUAUUACAGGAAAAUAUAUGUAUAUUCUAAGGUUUUACCAAAUAUAACAGAGGAGUAUAGUUGGGAAAAUGUAUACGAAAAUACUCUCUCAAUGAAGACAAAAACUUUGAUACUAAGGCAGAUUGUGAUGAACUUUGAAAUUGCUCACAUGACAUUCAAGCAA